AUGGCUGAUGAAAUCUUCCCGGGGAUGUCUGACAGAGCUGUUACUGCAAAGAGAAAUAAAAGGAAACAUGAAGAAAGCGUCUGUGCCACCCCUCUCCCAGAUGGACAGAUCCUGAUCAACACUCACCAUGUGAAGGCUGACUCUUCAUUUGGAAGUAUUUGUGUAGGUGUGAACUCAAUUGCAGAGAGCAAUGACACUGGAGUCCUUUAUCUGAACCCUCAAGCACAUAACUGGUCUCUCGUGGAGAAGUUUGCUGACCUUUCACCAGGAGAUGAAGCAGGACUUAAUGACGACCAAGACCGAGAAUUAUUAGAAUGCGCUAUGGAGGACGAUAAAAUGUAUGAAUCUAAGGUGCUCUUGGAUGCUGCGCAUAAAGAGAAAAGGAACUGCUCUAAAUACCUCAAGAGCCAUAAGAAACAAAGCAAUGCCUCAGUCAAACAGAGGGCAUCUAAGCUCAAAGAGCUAAACGUUGAGGAAUAUUCUCCAGGUGGAGGUGGGAAUAAGACCAAAAAGAAGAACGUAAAUAGUCGUCCCGCUAAGCAGUCGUUCAAAAAGCGAGAAGACGACAAGAUCACCCGACUUUUGGUAGCGAUGAAAAAACGUAGCGCAGCUGACGCAGAGCACCGUCCCUUCAAGUGCUCACACUGCCACUGGGCUUUCAAGAAGUUCUGCAACCUGCAGAGUCACUUACAAACACACAGUGGCCUCAAGCCGCAUGUGUGUGACAUAUGUGGGAAGGCUUACUCUCACCAGGGUACGCUGCAGCAGCACAAGCGUCUGCACACAGGUGAAAGACCGUAUCACUGCCCCUUCUGUGUCAAGACCUAUAUCUGGUCCUCAGAUUACCGCAAGCAUAUCCGAACGCACACUGGUGAAAAGCCCUACGUCUGUGACACAUGCGGCAAGGAUUUCAUUCGCUCCUCUGACCUGCGGAAGCAUGAGCGCAACAUGCACACCAAUGACAAGCCCUUCCCAUGCACGCACUGUGGCAAGACCUUCAAUAAGCCCCUCUCCCUGAAGCGUCACGAGCGUAAGCACCUGGGAGAGAGACCCUUCUCCUGCCCCGACUGUGGGAAGACUUUUGCUCUGGCCAGUCGGAUGGCAGAGCACCAGAAGAUCCACACCGGAGUGCGUCCGUACACCUGCUCCGUUUGCUCGAAGUGCUUCACAAAGUCCUCCAACCUGACCGAGCACGAGGCCAUUCACAGCGGAGAGCGGCCCCACAAGUGCGCAGAGUGCGGCGUGGCGUUUGCCAUGGCUUCCCGCCUCAUUCGCCACCAGUACAUCCACAAUAAAGAGAAACCCCACAGCUGCACGGGCUGCAGCAAGAACUUCAGCCACCUGGACAAACUGCAGCUUCACCAGGAGCAGACCUGUGCUGGGAGGAUCUUUGUCUGCGUGGAGUGUGACAAAUCUUUCCAGUGUGCCGCAAAGCUUGCACAGCAUAUGCUGAACCACAGGGACAAGAAUGUCUGA